GUUUUAAGUCAUUUAUGAAUAUUUAAUUGAUUAUAAUCUACGCGUAUUAUUUAUAAAGUGUUAAAUAUUAGCCAACGCAGCGAUUUAAAUGUUUUUCUAUGCUGGGCGAUGAUGACAGCUUGAGCUCCAACAGGCAGCAUCCUUCACCCGAGGAGCUCCAUUACAGAAAUAAAUACAUUAAAUAAAUAUGUUUGAUUGUUAUAAAACUCACCCUAUGUCAGUGUUAUUCCGCAGCAUGUGUAAUCCGAGUGUUACAUGUGGCGUGUUGUCGAUCUUUUGACCAAAACCUGAAACAAUGGGGCGGAAGGGAGGGAGCUGUACGUCACCAGCGUGCGACUGUGACGUUUUUACCCCGCGUCAAUUAUCUGUGUCAAAUUAAAAGUCCUGUCAACAACAAAAAAAACGAGAUUUUCGCGUCGUGCGGCUCGACUUUAACAGCAAUAAAAUGAUAGUUUUUGAGCACAAAGAAAAGUAAUUUUGACUCGGGUGGAAGAGAAUGAACUUUAUAAACAAAAACGGCGCUUAGAACAUCAAGCUUUCCUUUGUAUUUUUAACUUGUUUUUUUACUUCGAGUUGCUGCCAAGAAAAGAAGAUCUGGAGAAGCUGCAGACGGAUGGAUGAAUGGCUGGUUGGAUGCUGGCUGCUCUCUAGUCUAUCGGGGGAUUCAACGCUCGUCUCCAGUUACUCCGCUGCUCUCCAUCCUCCUCCUGUCUCCCUCCUCCACCGCGGUCGGUCUCCUUCGGCCUGUGAGCGGAUGAAUGCCAGAGUCUGUGAUUUUACCGUCGCCAAAAGGACUCCAUGUCUUUCUUGGACUGUUCCUGCAUCUCCCACACUCAGGUCCAGCCCUUGGACAUAGAGGAGCCCUAUGAGGACAUCAGCCACCAGUUCCUGAGCUGUGACGGUUCUGAAUACACUCUGCAAGGCCCAGCAGGUGGCGAUGACAUCACAGGGCUGUCAGCUGAGCCGGCCCACUACCAGCUCCUCUCUGAGCUGGGGAGGGGCUUCAAUAACCUGAGCCAGGUGAACAUGGGACGCCACAUCCCGACCGGCCAGCUGGUCGCCGUCAAACAAACCAACCUGGACGAGUGCACCGAGGAGGAGCUGCUGCAGCUGAUGAACGAGGUCCUGCUGUCCAGGCUGUUCCGUCACCCCAACCUGCUGACCUCUCGCCUGGUGUUCAGCUCCUGCUGCCAGCUCUGGGUCCUCACUCCGCUCAUGGCUUACGGCUCUGCAGACACCUUACUCAGAACAUAUUUCCCAGAUGGAAUGAGUGAAUCCCUGAUAGCGUACCUGCUGUACGGCGUGCUGAAAGCGUUGGAGUACCUGCACCGGAUGGGCUACGUUCACCGCGGGGUGAAGGCCAGUCAUAUCCUGCUGUCGGAGGAGGGCCGUGUCUACCUCUCAGGGCUGCACAGUGUUUACAGUAUGAUGCGUGAGGGGAAGAGGAUGCGGGUGGUGUUCGACAUGCCCCACCACAGCCCCGCCCUGCUGCCCUGGCUCAGCCCCGAGCUCCUGCGACAGGACCUGCACGGUUAUGGAGUGAAGUCUGAUAUCUACAGUUUGGGUAUUGUGGCCUGUGAGCUGGUCAGCGGCAGGGUGCCUUUCCAGGACAUGGCCCCCACUCAGAUGCUGCUUCAGAAGCUGCGCGGCUCCCACUGCUGCCUGCUGGACGUGGCUCCGUUCCCGCUGGGCGAGCUGGGCGGCCUGAAGGUGUCCCGAUCGGGCGUGGACUCGGGCAUCGGGGAGAGCGUGGCCACCGGGAGCCUGACGCACAGCGCCACCGCCCCUCCUACAGACCGACCUCAGAGCCCCGCCCCCAAAAACCACUCGGCCACUCUGCACAACCUGGUCCAGCUGUGUCUGCAGCAGCAGCCUGAGCGCAGACCGUCAGCAUCCACACUGUUGACCCACGCCUUCUUCAAACAGGUGAAGAGGCACACUCGAGACACCUUCCUCAGCCUCAUGUACCCAGCAGUGCCCCUCACCAGCCCCGAGGACCCUCCGGUGUCCUGCCCCCCGGCCCCGUCCUGCCACGCCCCGACCUCGGCCUCCAGCGACUCCUUCGAGGCCGUGUGGGACUUCUCCUAACCCCGAAUCCUCCUGAAUCCUGACUAGCAAAGCCAAACACAAGACAAUCAAAACAAAGCAAUGAGGCCAAAUCCUACUGUGCUUUUAUUUUGUAUUAUUAACCCGACUCUCUGAGCCUUUUUUACGUAGUUUUCUAGUUUUUUUUACGUGUUUGUCUGAUGCAUAUGUGGAGUUGGGUUGAGACUGUGAAAGAUCAAAGACGCUGCUCUGAUCCAUGAUAAUAAUAAUAACACUAUUAAUAAUAAUGGACUGUAAAAGAGUCAAAACACUAAUGAGAUAAUCACGUACUUCCUCUGAGAUUAAGGAAAAAAAUCCACUUUGAAAUACUCUGUAAAACAACUUGGCUAAACAGUAUUCUGCUUGUAUGGUGCAUUUUCAUAUUCUAAUGGAUAAUGGCCAUUUUUUACAAAAUACAAGUAAAUAGAUAAAAAGUUAAAUUCAAAUAGGUACUUAUAAAACCCCUAGAAGUGUAAGUGACUAUGUGAAGGUAGUUUUUCCUUUUAUGGUGUUAUUAGGAAUACUGAAGUACAUAAAAAAGACAUUUACAACACAUGUGCAUAUAUAUUCAUCUAUAUCAGAGGUUUUCAGACUUAAAACACAAACAUUUUCUCUGAUGUCCGUCACAAAUUCACUUGAGACCGUCCUAGCUGCAGAACUUAAUAUAGAAUAUUUACAAUAUUCACAAUUUUACCUUUUCGUCAUUAUAACAAUAAUCCAGUGAUAGUCGUCUGUACAACCACUAAUAAGGUGCAAACUUGAAGUGCUAUUAGUGAAUUCUACAUACUUUUUAUAGUGACAAUUUGCACAAACAAGAAAAAAUAUAGGCUAGAAAAUAUAAAGCCUAUUACUAUAAUAGCCUAUUUCCUAUUGACUCACAUUCAGUUGAUUCGGAUCAGUUUGCAGCAAAAGUUGAAAUAAAAAAUGAGCUUGGACUGUGUUUAAUUUGCAAAAUGAGCCAUAAAUAAGUCAAACUAAUCAAAAUAUAUCUUGUUUAUUUGAUAAACUUGCACAUUUUACUCCUUUAUUGUCUUCAGGCCUUUCUGAGAACUCAAUUUUUAUUAGAUUUUGUCUAAAAACUGACCAAUGUAAAUACAUUUCUGCUGUAUGUUUGAACAUAUAUGCACAUAGUGUUCACCAUAUGUACAGUCAUUAAAAAACAUCUUCUCACACUCGAAACAGUCACGGUCCAAACAUUUGAAUCUCUAGAUCACAAGUUAAUAAUCUCAUUAUCACAAUGUUCUUUCUCCGAGAUAUCAGGAUCAUUUUAUCUCUAGAAAUUAAACUGUUUGGACCGUGACUGUUCAGGGCUGUAAGGUGCAGAUUUGGGAUUAUAUCUCGUUCAGUAGAUAAAAAGCUCUCCUGCUCUAAUCUAACCGUCAGUGAUUCACCAGAUGAAUAUUUCUCCUGUGCUCUGUGACCACUUCUCAACCUUUGUUCUGAUUUUCUCAACAUGUUGAUCUGUGUGUAACUGUGAUUAAAUGUACUGCGUGUGAGAACUGUGAUCUACAGUACAUAUCAGACAUGGUAGCUGUAUGAGCCUUAUAUAUAUAAACUGUAUACACAUAUUAUAAAUGAUAUAUGAAUAUACAACAUUUGAUUUAUAAACCUCCUCUCAGCUGUGACUGAUUUCUUUAUGGAUGUGUUGUGUGAACAAUUUGCUUAUUAUGAUCAAUUCAGAAUGAUUUUUAAGUAUAAUGCAAAACUUGAGAAGUUAUAGAAGUUUUA